AGAAAGAACGUAUCGUGUUUUAGUUACUUUACCUGUGGAAAUAUAAGUGUCAAUCAAAAGUGGUGUGCGCUACAAAGAUGCUUUAAAAUUUGUAUUGAAUUCCCAAAACAGAAGCCUUUUUUGCAAUUACUACAUUCUUUUAAAGAAGGCGUUUUAAUAAAACCUGGUUACGAGAAUCUGUUACAAAUGAUGAAACUAGUCGAUCAAGUCGUACGGAGUUUUAAGGUCGCUAAGGUGUUCAGGGAAAAUACAGACAAAAUAAACAGUAUAGAUUUUUCGCCGAGUGGAGAGACGUUAAUAUCAUGCAGUGAAGAUGAUCAGAUUGUUAUUUAUGACUGUGAAAAAGGCACUCAAAUGAUAACGGUAAACAGUAAAAAAUAUGGUGUUGACUUAAUACACUUCACACACGCAAAAAAUACUGCAAUCCACAGUUCCACUAAAGUUGACGACACCAUCCGAUAUCUUUCUCUUCACGACAACAAGUACAUCAGAUACUUUCCAGGCCACACAAAAAAAGUUGUGACACUAUGUUUAUCACCAGUGGAAGACACAUUCUUAUCAGGCUCUUUAGACAAAACAUUGCGUUUGUGGGAUCUGCGUUCACCAAAUUGUCAAGGACUGAUGCACCUGUCAGGGCGACCUGUGGCUGCCUAUGAUCCUGAAGGUCUAAUAUUUGCAGCUGGAGUCAAUUCUGAGAGCAUUAAGUUAUAUGACCUGAGAUCAUUUGACAAAGGUCCAUUUGUGACAUUCAAACUAAACCAGGAAAAAGAAUGUGACUGGACAGGAUUAAAAUUUUCCCGGGAUGGAAAGACCAUGCUGAUAAGCACAAAUGGAUCAAUUAUUAGACUAGUGGAUGCUUAUCAUGGCACACCACUACAAACAUUCACGGGACAUCUAAACAACAAAGGUAUUCCCAUUGAAGCAUCCUUCAGCCCUGACUCCCAGUACAUAUUCAGUGGGUCUACAGAUGGGCGAGUUCAUGUGUGGAAUGCAGACACAGGGUACAAGGUGUGUGUCUUGAAUGGUGACCAUCCAGCCCCUAUUCAGUGUGUUCAGUUCAACCCCAAGUUUAUGAUGCUAGCAUCUGCAUGUACUAAUAUGGCAUUUUGGUUGCCCACUAUAGAUGAUGUUUGAAGAGGGGUAGUUUGAUAUAAAUUUUUAAUUAUGUAAUUAUUAUGUAGUUAUUGAACUGAGCAAAAUUGCGUCAUACUGUUAGGAUAAUAUGUAAUAGCAAUGUGUAACAAUACAAAAUCGUGAAGAUAAUAAUACAAGCUACAUGCAUUACUUCAAUGUUUUAAAUACAGUAUUGUAAGUGGGAAGUGGUAUUUAGAACAUGACUACUUAGUAUAUGCAUUUAGUUUUCAUUCCAUUUAAACAUAUUAUUUGUAUUUUAACUAUUAUGUAAGUUCUAAAGGAGGGUGGUCAGAUUGGCCUAUUGACCAAUAAGGACAAGUGAUAUGUCACUGGAUAGCUUAUUCAAAGUUCUAAAACUUUUACUAUGGCAGGUAAUCCCAAAUCUUUGUGUGAAAAAAGUUAUAGCUGCAUAAAAAUGUUUAAUGAUUUGAAACAUUACUAUGUACCUUUUUUGAUACUAAGUUCCUAUAUCGCUUUAGACUAUGAAGGUUUUCUUACAGUCGAUGAUUUUGUGUAAUGUUUUUGUUUUUUAUGUUCCUUUAUCCCCGAGGAGAUGUCAGUUAGUUGCUUUUUAUGGUCGCCUCUGGGGGACAUGGUUUCAUCCAGGCGUCUGGUUUCUUUCCCUGGGUUUGUUUUGCAGUGGUCGCCGCACCCACGCCCUGUCCCUUGGAGGCGUCAACCUCCUGCUUGUUCUCAGAGGAGCGGCUAUCUGCCUCUCUUCGCUUUUGGAGCUGCUGCCUCUUCCGCAGUGGUGCGUCUGCUUUGGUCUGGGCAAGCAUCCCUCUUGGUUUGCACCUGAUCUCCUGGCCGGGAUGUAUGACCUGCUUCGAGGGUUCAACAGGUGUCCCACUCUCAUCUGUCAUCGGUUUGUCUUUAGAGGGCCCAGCUGUCGAAGGCUCCUUCGUCUCCGGUUCAGCCACCUGGGCUAGGGUUCCGUUAGGUACCCCAUCUUUCAGUGGCCGUUCCAACUUCGAUGGCUCCUCCACGGCCAUGCCACUCCCUAUCUGUUUUGCCCUCCUUAGUGCUUCAGCAUGUGCCGUCUCAUCUAAGGAGGUUGUUUGUUUAUUAUUUGUUUUUUUUAAUUUAGAUUUUUAUUAGUUAUUGUUUACAUUCAGUUUCCACGAUUAGCUAGGGAUAUAAACGGUCCAUUCCACGCAGAGCCCUGCUUGCGUAAACAAGGCUAUAUACAACGGGUUUCGCCCGGUACCCGAGGCCUAUCGUUCGCGACUGAGCUCCCUCUCAGCCAUGCAUCCAUCGCACGAUGAGUCACACCUUGGAUUAGGGUUUUUGGGGUCGAGGUUGUCUCCUCCAGGAAAGGGGGGAUAUGGAUAAGAGGAUCAAGACGGGAAGGGGGGAUGGGAGGGUUGGUCUAAGUAAGGUUUAUUAGGAAGAUUGGGGGUAUAAAGGGGGAAGGAAUAAAUGGGUCGUUUUCAUGGCCCUCCUCCUCCUCCGAGCCUUUCCGCUGAAUCUACUUUGGUUCCUUGACGUCGUCUCCCAUCAUCCGGUCCGAGAACAAGUCUCCUACCGGAUUCCAGAAGAGUAACGUCUGGUUCCCUAGUAGAUUCGUCAGAAAUGUGUCCACGUGAGGCGGCUGCUGAAAGAGUGCCGUGCUAAGACCAACUUAAACCCUAUAUAUAUCAGUAAAAACAUUCUUAUUGAGGGGAUGUUUUUAUCUUGCCAUAACUUGUUUCACAUAGCGAUUUAAGAUUUCCCACCAUACAAAAAGUUUUAGAAUAUGAAAAAACCUUUCAAAUGACAUAUGGCUUGUCAUUAUUGGUUUUUAGGCCAGAGUCCAUAUGAAUCUGGGCAUCCUCCUUUACCAAAAUAUUGAGUAAAUGGAUACUGAAAUGCAAAGUCCCUGAUUUUUCUUUUAUAGAAAUACAAUUUUGACACUA